AUGCCUAGAAAGCCUUACGAGUCUCACAUCAAUUCUCAAUCAGAGUCACAAACACACAUUUUUGAUAAGCGGCAGAAAUGGUUGAUCAUUGUCUUGGUAUCCACAGCCGCAACCUUUUCCGGCUUCGCAUCUAACAUCUACUUCCCCGCACUGCCCACAAUCGCCAGAGAUCUCAAUGUCUCCGUCGAACUGGUCAAUUUGAGUGUGACCUCCUAUCUCAUCUUCCAAGGUCUAGCCCCCAGCCUCUGGGGCCCCAUCUCCGAUGUGCGAGGGCGACGCACCGCCUACAUGGGCACCUUCGUGGUGUUCGUCGGGGCCUGCAUCGGUCUCGCCUUGACGAAGAGUUACGCCCAGCUGAUUGUCCUGCGGUGCCUCCAGAGCACGGGAAGCGCCAGUACGAUCGCUAUCGGCUCCGGGGUCAUCGGCGACAUAACGACACGAGCGGAGCGCGGCGGCUACAUGGGGAUCUUCCAAGCCGGCCUCUUGGUCCCCGUCGCCGUGGGCCCCAUUAUCGGCGGUGCCAUUGCCGGCUCUCUGGGCUGGAAGGCGAUCUUCUGGUUCCUCACCAUCUAUGGCGGCGUGUUCCUGUGCCUGUUGGUCAUCCUUUUGCCAGAAACGCUACGCUCCAUCGUCGCCAACGGCAGCCGCACCCCCUCCAACCCGCUGACCCGUUUCCCCCUGGAAGUGUACCAGCGCACCACCAAGAUCCCCUGGCAGGACGACUCCCAAGACCCACAGACCCAGCCCGCCUCCCGCAAGAAAAUCGACCUCCUCGGCCCGGUUCGCAUGCUCCUCUCCAACCACGCUGCACCUAUCAUCCUCUUCCUCGCCAUCUACUACGCCGUCUGGCAGAUGAGCAUCACCGCCAUGUCAUCCCUCUUUGAGGAGCACUACAACCUCACCGAGAUCCAAAUCGGGCUGACCUUCAUCGCCAACGGCGUCGGCUCGAUGAUCGGCACCCUGGUCACCGGCAAGAUCCUGGACGCAGAUUACCGGCGGGUGAAGGCCGCGUACGAAGCCUCCUUCGACGCGGAACACGACAACGACUACUCCGACACCGCGAGCGCGACAGCCCUCGCCUCCGCGCGCGAGGCAGAUUUCCCCCUGGAACGGGCGCGUCUGCGCCUGGUGCCCGUCUUCUCGGUCCUCCAAUGCUGCUCCAUCAUCUUGUUCGGGUGGACGAUCCAGUAUCCGCACAAGGUGCACAUCGCGGUACCGAUUGUCUCGACGUUCAUCACCGGGUGGACGGCGGUCUCGACCCAGUCACUCAUCAUGACUUACCUGGUGGAUGUGUUCCCCGAGCGGAGUGCGGCUGCCAGCGCCAGUCUGAACCUCGCGCGGUGUCUGUUUGCGGCUGGGGGCACGAGCUUCAUUAUGCCGAUGAUUGACGGGGUGGGAGUGGGGGUCGCGUUCACGAUCUGUGUGGCCGUGCAGCUGCUGGCGUUGGUCGGGCCCUUCAUCCAGUGGAGGUUUGCGGCGGGGUGGCGGAAAAAAGAGAGGGAGGAGGCUGCGCGGAGGGCGGAGUCUAAGAGUCCAUCGCCCUCGCCUUGA